CGCCCGCCAGGUUCCGGGUUCGAGUCCCGGGCCUGCUGGCUCCGCCCUGUGGCUUGGCAGCGCAGGGAUCGGGCACUACAGGGUCCCCUGAGGGGGCAGCGAGAAGAGAGUGACCAAGGCUGCCCGGGAACUGCCGGGAGCGGUCUGGAUCCUCCUGGUGUCGCCCCACCCCGCUCCGCCCCGGCGCGCUCCCGCUGCCACCACCGCUCCGCCCCGCGGGACCGCGCAGACCCGCCCGGCUCGGCGGGACUCUCCGCAACUCGAGGCCGAUCCAUGCGCUGCCCACCCGGCUCCUGAGCCCACCCGCGACCCUCGGCAGGUUAUGCAGCCUCGAGAGCGUCCCCUGAGCCCCCGUGAGAAGGAGAAGGGCUAAGCCGGCCGUGCCCGCACACCGUGCCAGUGCCAGCACCAUGGCCCGCUGCCCGGUGUCCUCUGAGAUCCACCACAUCGUCUCCUCGGCCUUCCAGAGCCCCGAGCAGGAGGCGCCAGGCGCUGUCUCGCCUGUAUUCGGGGAGGAAGAGGAGGAGAAGGACCUGAACAAGGCUCUGGGCGUGGAGCGCUUCGAGGAGAUCCUGAGCGACACUCACCCCCGCAACGCUGAGGAGGCUGGGCGCAGCUACGGCGAGGAGGACUUCGAGUACCAUCGACAGUCAUCCCACCACAUCCACCACCCACUGUCUACUCACCUGCCCCCUGAUGCCCGACGCAAGAAGGGGGGAGUGCCAAAGAAGGGCAAGAAGAAGCCACGCCGUGCCUCGGUGCCCGGUGAGACCCCCACCAUUGAGGAGGCUGAAGAGGACGAGGAUGAGGCUGGUGACACUGAGCCUGAGCCCUCGGCUGAGGAGCUGUGUCCGCCUGAGGCCGUGCAGUUUUUUCUGCAGGAGGACGAGGUGCCUGAGCAGCGGCCAGAGGAGCCGGUGACACCCCUGGCACUGCCCGUCUGCCCCGCAGAUCCCCAGGUGUCCACAUCCCCCCGGGCAGGCAGCCCCGACGCAGAGGAGGGGUCCUCGUCGGGGCGAGCGGGCGCUGCUGGCGAUGCUGGGUCCCCUGGUCGUGCUGUGCCCAAGGUGUCGCAGCCAGGGCACCGCAGCUACAACCUGCACGAGCGGCGGCGCAUCGGCAGCAUGACGGGCGCAGAGCAGGAGCGCUACCAGAAGAUGCCAACGGACGAGUCAGAGGCGCAGACACUGGCAUCGGCAGACCUAGACUACAUGAAGAGUCACCGCUUCGAGGACGUGCCAGGGGUGCGCCGGCACCUGGUCCGGAAGAGUGCCAAGGCACAGGUGGUGCACGUCAGCAAGGACCACAAGGAGCCCAGCACCCGGCAGCGCAAGCAGGACCGGCAGCCUCAUGAGGUGUUUGUGGAGCUGAACGAGCUGGUGGUGGACAAGAACCAGGAGCUGCAGUGGAAGGAGACUGCACGCUGGAUCAAGUUCGAGGAGGAUGUGGAGGAGGAGACAGACCGGUGGGGGAAGCCACACGUGGCCUCCUUGUCUUUCCGCAGCCUCCUGGAGUUGCGCAAGACCCUGGCACACGGGGCUGUGCUCCUCGAUCUGGACCAGAAGACGCUGCCAGGGGUGGCCCAUCAAGUGGUGGAGCAGAUGGUCAUUACCGACCAGAUCCGGGCUGAGGACCGUGCCAAUGUGCUGCGGGCACUGCUGCUCAAGCACAGCCACCCAAGCGACGAGAAGGACUUCUCCUUCCCCCGCAACAUCUCCGCAGGCAGCCUGGGCUCCCUCCUGGGCCACCACCACAGCACCAACCACGUGGGCGAGGCCAGUGAGCCAGCCGUCACCGAGCCCCUCAUUGCCGGCCAAGCCGCUGAGCAUGAGACACGGGUGGACAUGGAGCGAGAGAAGGAGGUCCUCACCCCCACACCCCCAGCUGGCAUCACCCGCUCCAAGUCCAAGCAUGAGCUGAAGCUGCUGGAGAAGAUCCCGGACAAUGCCGAGGCCACUGUGGUGCUUGUGGGCUGCGUGGAGUUCCUGGACCAGCCCACCAUGGCCUUCGUGCGGCUGCGGGAGGCGGUGGAGCUGGAGUCGGUGCUGGAGGUACCGGUGCCAGUGCGGUUCCUCUUUGUGCUUCUGGGCCCCAGCAGCACCCACAUGGACUACCAUGAGAUCGGGCGCUCCAUCUCCACUCUCAUGUCUGACAAGCAAUUCCACGAGGCUGCGUACUUGGCUGAUGACCGCCAGGACCUCCUGACGGCCAUCAACGAGUUCCUGGACUGCAGCGUGGUCCUGCCGCCCUCCGAGGUGCAGGGCGAGGAGCUGCUGCGCAGCGUCGCCCACUUCCAGCGCGAGAUGCUGAAGAAGAGGGAGGAGCAGGAGCGGAGGCUGCUGCUGGAGCCCAAGUCCCCUGAAGAGAAAGCGCUGCUGAAGCUGAAGGUGGUGGAGGGCGAGGAGGACGCUGACGACCCUCUGCGUCGCACGGGGCGCCCCUUCGGGGGGCUGAUCCGCGACGUGCGCCGGCGCUACCCCCACUACCUGAGCGACUUCAGGGACGCGCUGAACCCCCAGUGCAUCGCUGCCGUCAUCUUCAUCUACUUCGCUGCCCUCUCACCAGCCAUCACCUUCGGAGGGCUGCUGGGGGAGAAGACGCAGGACCUGAUCGGGGUGUCGGAGCUGAUCAUCUCCACCUCGCUGCAGGGCGUCAUCUUCUGUCUGCUGGGUGCCCAGCCCCUGCUCGUCAUUGGCUUCUCAGGGCCGCUGCUGGUCUUUGAGGAGGCCUUCUUCACGUUCUGCACGUCCAAUGAGUUGGAGUACCUGGUGGGGCGCGUCUGGAUCGGCUUCUGGCUCAUCCUCAUCGUGCUGGUCAUGGUGGCCUUUGAGGGCAGCUUCCUGGUGCGCUUUGUCUCCCGCUUCACCCAGGAGAUCUUUGCCUUCCUCAUCUCCCUCAUCUUCAUCUACGAGACAUUCUCCAAGCUGGCCAAGAUCUUUCAGGAGCACCCCCUGCAUGGCUGCCUGCGGGACAACAGCACGGGGCCCGUGGCGUGGCGCAAUGGCAGCGUGGCGGAUGGCAGCGCGGCCAAGGUGACCGGGCAGCCCAACACGGCGCUGCUGUCGCUGGUGCUCAUGGCUGGCACCUUCUUCAUCGCCUUCUUCCUGCGCAAGUUCAAGAACAGCCGCUUCUUCCCCGGACGGAUCCGGCGUCUGAUUGGUGACUUCGGAGUGCCCAUUGCCAUCCUGGUCAUGGUGCUGGUGGACUAUGGCAUCCAGGACACCUACACACAGAAGCUGAGUGUGCCCAGCGGGUUCUCGGUGACGGCCCCGGAGAAGCGGGGCUGGGUCAUCAACCCUCUGGGUGAGCAGAGCCCCUUCCCCGUCUGGAUGAUGGUGGCCAGUGGGCUCCCGGCUGUCCUCGUCUUCAUCCUCAUCUUCAUGGAGACACAGAUCACCACGCUGAUCAUCAGCAAGAAGGAGCGGAUGCUGCAGAAGGGCUCUGGCUUCCACCUGGACCUGCUGCUCAUCGUGGCCAUGGGUGGUUUCUUUGCACUCUUUGGGCUGCCAUGGCUGGCAGCAGCCACGGUGCGCUCCGUCACCCAUGCCAAUGCCCUCACUGUCAUGAGCAAGGCUGUGGCACCUGGGGACAAGCCCAAGAUCCAGGAGGUGAAGGAGCAGCGAGUCACCGGGCUGCUGGUGGCCGUGCUGGUCGGGCUGUCUAUCGUCAUCGGGGACCUGCUGCGGCAGAUCCCCCUGGCUGUGCUCUUCGGCAUCUUUCUCUACAUGGGCGUCACCUCCCUCAACGGCAUCCAGUUCUACGAGCGCCUGCAGCUGCUGCUGAUGCCCCCCAAGCACCACCCCGAUGUCUCCUACGUCAAAAAGGUCCGCACACUGCGCAUGCACCUCUUCACCGGGCUGCAGCUGGGCUGCCUGGCCGUGCUCUGGGCCGUCAUGUCCACCGUGGCCUCGCUGGCCUUCCCCUUCAUCCUCAUCCUCACGGUGCCGCUCCGUAUGUGCCUGCUCAGCCGCAUCUUCACCGACCGCGAGAUGAAGUGUCUGGACGCGGCCGAGGCUGAGCCCAUCCUGGACGAGCGGGAAGGGGUGGACGAGUACAACGAGAUGCCAAUGCCGGUGUGAGCAGCUGCCAGCGCCCUGCAUCCCGGGCCGAGCCCCCGUGCUGCCGCCCAGAUGGGGACGGGCUCCCCCGUGCCCCCUGUGCCUUUUGCGGAGGGGUCACAUCUGCCAAAGAGUCGUCGGCUGCAGCCUUGCCCCGCCGGGGACCUCCCUGCACCCCUCCAGCCGCACAGGGUCCGGCCGAGCCUUUGGACCCCCGCCCAGGGCACGUCGUGCCCACGCCACGGGGCAGAAGCCCUCCCCCGACCACCUGCCAGCAGAACUGCGGGUCCUGCCCCAGCUCCUCUGCACCCCCCGGCGCAGGAGCCACCCGAGCACCCCUCCAGCCAUCGGUCGGGUCCUUUAUUUAACGGAGCAAUUCCAGUGGCAAUAAUCAGCUUCAGAACCAGCGCCCUGGGCUGGGGGAACCCUGCCCCCUGCUCCUGGGCAGGGUCGGGGCACUAGGGGAGGGUCCCCCUGUGGCGGGCCCAGCCGCUGCCUUGUCCCAAUAAAGAGACUGGACUUUGCA